UUAGGCGUGCGGCGGUGCCUCAUACAGUGAUAAACCUCUGCGAUUAAAAAAAAAAAAUAGAGCUGAGUUGAUAUUAGAGCUAGACCCGUGGAAAGGAGCCGAACCCAGGCCCGGUUCGUAGCGCUGGGGCUCUGUCCGCUCGCAGAGAUGGUUGUCCGGAGUGGGCUGUAGAUUCCUGCGGCGGAACUGAAGAGGAUGGGCUCAGUGUCCCAGUGCCUGAGGAGAUGUCUCUGGGUCGGCUCCUUCGGCGUGCCUCCUCCAAAGCCUCCGACCUCCUGACCUUAAAUCCCGGGGCGGGGGGCUCAUCAUUGCGCUCGGGGCUGGAUGGCGAGAUCAUCUUCUCAAAGAAUAAUGUUUGCGUUCACCCUGCGGAGCCCCUCCCGGGCCUGGCUGAGCACCACCCAGGAUACUUGUGCGUACACGUGGAGAAAGACGAGUGCCUGGGCUCCACGCUGAUUCUGACGUGGGUGCCAAAUUCCCGCAUCCAGAGGCAGGACGAGGAGGCGCUGAGAUACAUCACUCCGGAGAGUUCGCCUGUGCGCAGGAACGCCCGCCGCAGAGGCAGGAGGCCGCGCUCACGUCCUCCAGCGGCCGCUCCAGAGGAAGAGGAGGACGAGGAGAGGAACAUCACCAGCAGCACCUCUGCCCAGAGCCUGGUGGGUGAGAGCGGCUCGGACCCCUCCUCUAACCAGCAGCAGCUUCUUUUUGCCGGGGAGGAGGGUGAUGAAGGGUCCUACGAGCUGUCGGACGAGGUGAGCCGGGACAGCACCAUGGGCUCCGACUCGGACACCUUCUCCUCGCCGUUCUGCCUGUCGCCUGUCAGCGAGGCUCUCUGUGAGAGCAGCGGCUCUGUCUUCCUGGACCCUGAAAGCAGGGAACUGUGUGAGGAGUCCAUGAACCACUCUGUGAGCUCUGCGUCCAGCCUGGACAGCCAUGCCCUGUCCGAGGGCGGCGGCCAGUCGCAGGCCAUGCGCUGGGAGGAGCAACAGAAGCUGCUGGCUCUGGAGCAGCUGUGUGGAGUCUUCAGGGUGGACCUGGGUCACAUGAGGUCGCUGAGACUCUUCUUCAGUGAUGACGCGUGCACUAGUGGUCAGCUUGUGAUAGCCAGCAGGGAGAGCCAGUAUAAGAUCCUUCACUUCCAUCAUGCUGGUCUGGACAAACUGGCUGAGGUCUUCCAGCAGUGGAAAUGCUGCAGGGAAACCCAACCUAAAGACCAGGUGUCGGAUGAAAAGUCCUGCAUGCAGUUUUCCAUCCAGAGGCCCACACUGCCAUCAGCCGAGACGCACCCCGAGGAGAGGCUUUACAGGCGAGUGGACGUCGCCGCCUGGCUGCGUCACAUCAACCACAGCGGGCAGGUGGAGGAAGAGUACAAGCUGCGGAAGGCUAUCUUCUUUGGCGGCAUCGACCCGUCCAUCAGAGGCGAGGUGUGGCCCUUCUUGCUGCACUACUAUAGCUACGACUCCAGCUCUCAGGAAAGGGAGGCCUGGAGGCUGCAGAAACGAGCUCACUACCACGACAUCCAGCAGAGAAGAUUAUCCAUGAGCCCAGAGGAGCACAGCGAGUUCUGGAGGAAAGUCCAGUUCACGGUGGAUAAAGACGUGGUCAGAACGGACCGCAGCAACCACUUCUUCAGAGGAGAGAACAACCCGAACGUGGAGAUCAUGAGGCGGAUUCUGCUCAACUAUGCGGUGUUUAAUCCCGACAUGGGUUACUGCCAGGGCAUGUCCGACCUGGUGGCCCCCCUGCUCACUGAGAUCCAAGACGAGAGCGACACGUUUUGGUGCUUCGUCGGCCUCAUGGAGAACACCAUCUUCAUCAGCUCCCCGCGUGACGAAGACAUGGAGAGGCAGCUGAUGUACCUGCGGGAGCUGCUGCGCCUCAUGCUGCCGCGCUUCCACCAGCACCUGACCCGCCUGGGAGAGGAUGGCCUGCAGCUGCUGUUCUGCCACCGCUGGAUCCUGCUCUGCUUCAAGAGAGAGUUCCCCGACACCGAGGCGCUGCGCAUGUGGGAGGCCUGCUGGGCACACUACCAGACAGACUACUUCCACCUCUUCCUGUGCGUGGCCAUCAUUGUCCUGUACGGGGAGGACGUGACGGAGCAGCAGCUCGCCACCGACCAAAUGCUGCUCCACUUCAGCAACCUCUCCAUGCACAUGAACGGAGAGCUGGUGCUGCGUAAGGCCCGCAGCCUCCUCUACCAGUUCCGCCUUCUUCCCAGGAUCCCCUGCAGCCUGCACGACCUUUGCAAGCUUUGCGGCCCGGGGAUGUGGGACAGCCGCUACAUCCCCACGGUGGAGUGUUCAGGAGAGCACCCAGACUCCCUGAGCUGCCCCUAUGGAGGCACCUCCACCCCACAACCCUCCUCCCCCUCGCCGUCGUCCUCUCCAAACCACACGCCCACGCCGGACGGCAAGAGAGGCUCCAAAAAACGGGAUAUUUUCACCUUCCGGAAACAGUCCUGAGGGGUUAUUACUUUACUAUUAGUUUCACUAUCUAUAACAAGAAUUUAUUUUUCCUUUUGUUUUUGUACUUGAACUUUUCAUUUGGUGCAAUGUUGAACACUGCCUUACCAGGGCGUU